UCUGUAUACUGGAAGAAACCUUUAAAGGGUGUUUGUACUCAAAACAUUCUAGGAUUUGAGAAACCCUCCGCCAUUCAGCAGAGAGCAAUCAAACAGAUAAUCAAGGGAAGAGAUGUGAUUGCACAGUCACAAUCUGGAACAGGCAAAACAGCAACAUUUUGUAUCUCUGUUCUACAGUGUUUGGACAUCCAGGUCCGUGAAACUCAGGCAUUGAUUUUGGCACCAACCAGGGAGUUGGCAGUACAGAUUCAAAAGGGUCUUCUUGCUCUUGGUGACUACAUGAAUGUGCAGUGCCAUGCUUGUAUCGGAGGCACAAAUGUUGGUGAAGAUAUCCGGAAGUUGGAUUAUGGGCAGCACGUUGUUGCUGGUACACCAGGCCGUGUUUUUGAUAUGAUUCGGCGGCGAAGUUUAAGGACUCGUGCCAUCAAAAUGCUGGUUUUGGAUGAAGCUGAUGAGAUGCUUAAUAAGGGUUUUAAAGAGCAGAUUUAUGAUGUGUACAGAUACCUGCCCCCAGCUACUCAGGUGGUUCUGAUCAGUGCCACCUUGCCUCACGAAAUCCUGGAGAUGACCAACAAAUUCAUGACUGACCCAAUCCGCAUCUUGGUUAAACGUGAUGAAUUGACUCUGGAAGGAAUCAAGCAGUUUUUUGUGGCUGUGGAAAGGGAAGAAUGGAAGUUUGAUACAUUGUGUGACCUGUACGACACACUCACGAUCACACAGGCGGUCAUCUUCUGUAACACCAAGAGGAAGGUAGACUGGCUGACUGAGAAGAUGAGAGAAGCUAACUUCACGGUUUCAUCAAUGCACGGUGAUAUGCCACAGAAGGAGAGAGAAUCCAUCAUGAAAGAGUUCCGAUCCGGGGCAAGUCGUGUGCUUAUAUCGACAGAUGUCUGGGCCAGGGGCUUGGAUGUUCCUCAGGUGUCUCUGAUCAUCAAUUACGACUUGCCCAACAACAGAGAACUGUAUAUACACAGAAUUGGUAGAUCCGGUCGGUAUGGCCGAAAAGGUGUUGCCAUCAAUUUCGUAAAGAACGAUGACAUCCGUAUCCUGCGCGAUAUUGAACAAUACUACUCUACCCAGAUUGACGAGAUGCCCAUGAAUGUUGCUGAUCUCAUUUGAAGCAGCAAGAUGCUUAGAAGACCAGUUGAAGGGGACAACUUCAUUUUUACUGUUACUUUAGAGGGAGUCCGAAUCGUGUAUUUUUAUUUAAUAGUGACGAGUCCUUUAACGAACAUUGCCAUUGUAUUGGUGUGAUCUGUAAAUGGGGGUGUAUGUAAAUAAUGCUGUCACUUCCAGUUGACCCACUUUUCAAAUAAAGCAGUUUUAUCAAACUA